AACAGUUUGUCUCCGACAGUAGCGACAUCUAUGAAAAGGAAGCUGUACAAGUAUUUGUCGCGUUAUUAGACUAAUUUCAAGUCUGAACUACGUUAUUGUUUCAGAUUAAACUACAGAAGUGAAUAACAGAAAUGAUUGAUCUUUGUAAGAUAAAGGAGGACUUUUCUGGACUGGUCAAGGAGGCUCAACCAUGGACCCUUACUCAGUUUGUCAUGUGGCUGGAUCUCAAAUUGUCAGAGUUCAAGAUUAAAGGGUACAUGGUCUUAGAUCAUCAUACAAAGACAAAACCCAAGUGGAUAGAAGAAGAAGACUCUACGAGUGAUGUAGCACCAAUCCCAGCACCAUGUAGAACGUGUAACAAGCAUUCUAAUGAUGGACAUUUUUAUUCUGACAUCCACUCUUCUCCAGCAAGCCAUAGAAAUGUCACGAGGGAAACAAAAAAUGCCCAGCCAAUGGAGGAAUCAGAAAGCAUGAGAGGAGAAGUUGGCAUCAUUGACUUGUCACACGCAGAAAUUAGUAGAAAACAAAACUCAGCAAGAAUGUUACGACCACCAGAUGAUAUGUCACUUAAAAAAAGUUAUCAAAACACAUCUUAUCACGAAAAAUCACCAAAUAUUCAGGUCGAGAGAGACAAAAGUAGACAAGAUGAUGUUAUAGAAAUAGAUGUGCCAUCACCUACGGAAAAAAUGUUUAUUACAUCAAAUAUCAAUAAAACAAGUACUCCCAUUAUCCAUUCAAACAUUCGUCCAAUUCAAAAACCAAAAAAUAGACCAUCAUUAUCGAUGGGUACAGCAAUAUAUACAACCACCUCAUCUGUUACCACCCCAACAUUCUCAUCUAGUUAUAUGUCAUCACCAUCAAGAAAUAUUCCACCGACUUUCGCCAACAGAAAAUUUGCAUUAGGUGCACCACCGCCACCUUUAGUUGCACCUUCAAACUUGGCUAAUUUGGAUGAAAUGAUAGCACAAGCAGUACAAUUCAAUGAAAUACGAACAGGAGCAGAUAACGCCAGUUCUCAAUCUCAAAUUAGGCAAUCCUCAGGGCAGUCGGAUGUUCGCCCUCCUCCGAUGCAGCAGCAGCCUCCUAAAAUCCAAGAAAGUGAUCAUAUUAGUAGUUUUAGUGAGCAACAUUCACGUCAGACUUUAAGUGAGCAACAUUCUCGUCAGACUUUAAGUGAGCAACAUUCACGUCAGACUUUAAGUGAGCAACAUUCUCGUCAGACUUUAAGUGAGCAACAUUCUCGUCAGACUUUAAGUGAGCAGCAUUCACGUCAGACAAACAUAAGUGAACAAAAAUUACCUUAUUCACAACAAACCUCUACUUCAAGUUCAGCGGUACCAAUAGCAUUACAUGCAAACAUUGACAAUAUAAAUAUUUCACAGAACUCAGCACAUUCAUCGUCAGAUACCAUGGAAAUCAAAAUAGAAACAGAAGUUGAUGAUAGUGUUGCAGACUCUUUCUUCGUAGGGAAUACAGAUACUCGACCUUCAGGGAUGGAUACAGUUUCUGACCUAUCGAUACAGUCUCAUGAUUCUAGUCUACAGAGAUCACAUGAUUCUGUACAACAAAGGUCACAUGACUUGCCAGUACCAUCAGGUGACUUACCUAGACAAGGACUGGUUGAUCCAGAAACAGCAAAAGCAUUCCAGAUGGUUGAACUUGUAAAUGGAAGUAGUGUUUAUGUUUAUGAAAGAACAAUACAACAAGCAUUUAAAAUUGGAACUGAGAGUCAGACAGGGACAUACAAUGGAGAAAAGAUGGCUCGAUAUCUUCUUAAUGUAUUCUGGUCAAGGAAGGAACUUGUUGGUGCUACAUUGUCUAAAGCUGGAAGAGGGAAGAAAAUUUUAAAUCAACAGAUUAUAGAGGCCAUUUUAGAUUUUUGUGAAAUAAAUAGCAGACAUAGGAGAUCUGUUUGUAAAACUGUUAUUGAUAGAAGUUUGUCAUCCAGACUUUAUAAAGAAAAGAAGAAAAUAGAAAUGUUAUACAUGAAAUGGGGUUCAACUCAAGACAACAAGAAAUUUUAAGAUUUUUGUGUAUGUCAUAGUCGUCACCCUAGAGCUAAAGUACGACAGGUGUUGGGCAGUUGUGUUUCUAAGGCAACAUGGAUUGAAAGACAAAGAAUAAUGUCCAGUGUGGUCAAAUUUAGGAAAGCAGCUAAUUCUGGUCGUCUGAACUAUGAACUAAAAAAAUAGUACCAGAAACUUGUUAACUGAUGAAUGGAGAUUUUUAUAUUUGACUAGUUUUUGGAACUGAAAAUUUAGCAUUAUUCCAACAUUGCAGUUAUUUAUUGAUAUUAGAUGGACUGAACUGGAUGGAACAUUGUUACCCAAUGCAUUUCUUUACUGAACACUUUUUGUUCUAAUUUUAGAUUUUUGUACAACGCAUAGUCAACAUUCGAGAGCUAAAGUGCGACAAGUAUUGGGAAGUACAGUAUCCAAAGCAACAUCUUUGGAAAGACAACGAAUUUUGGCUAAAAUGAGGAGACUAAAAUCAUGAAACAUUUUUUAUUUUAGAGUUUUGUGUUAGAAAUGGUCGUCAUAUAAGGUCACAAGUUCGCCAAACAUUGGGAAGUAGUAUCACAAACAGAACUACUAGAGAAAGAAGAAAAUUUAUGUGUAAAUUCCAAAUUAUUUAGGAUGUAAACUGACAAGAAAGCUAUUUUUAGUGGAUCUGGAUUUAUCGUACUUUUAAAAAUGACUUGAUUAGUUUACAUGGUUUAAUGGAAGUGAAGUACAACAAAUAUAAAUAUGGCUGUUACUCAAGAAAUUUCCAUCUUUUUUAGAGUUUGCUGUUAUACAAGGUCACCACUCCAAGGUCAAAGUGAAGAAAGCAAUGAGUGAUAGUUUAUCUAUGCGAACAUGGCGUUUUAAAAGAAAUAUUAAGAUGGCCUAUCAAAAUCAAACUUGGAAUAACUAGCAGUUUUUGUAGUUUGUGAAUAAAGGGACUGUUUUCUAAAGUUGUAAAUUAUGGAAAGAAACUGUCAUGUGACUGUCAUGUGACUGUCAUAGGGUCUGCAUUCAUAAAUGAUUAUAACCAGGAUGUCCAAUCUUCUUGUAGAUUUUUGUGUUUCCUAUGGCAGACAGAGACGUGGAAUUGUUCAGAGAGCAAUGAGUGUCAGUUUGUCCAUGAGAGCAUGGCGUCAGAGAAGAAAACAACGCCCUGGGAAAUUUUCAACAUAAAUCAUGUUUACCGUUUUCAGCAGAUGAGAUAUAGUUGAGAUAAAAGUGGUGGGGACUUUGGAGGCAGAUCAAAAAUAACUUAUACAAGUUUUACAUCUCGUUUUAGAUUUCUGUACAAAUCUUGGUCGUCACACAAGGUCAAAAGUUUAUAAGGCUAUUAGUGAUAACUUGUGUACUAGAUCAUGGCGGGCAAAGAAAGUUUUACAGGCCAAAUACCAAAUGCUGGAGAGGUCAGCAAGUCAACAAGAUAGAUUGUAUAGCAGCCAGUGAGAUGGACGAUUCAACUGGAGAUUUUACUUGUGAUUUUUGAAGGCAUUCAUGUUCAUAUCAGAAGAUUCAAUUUUAUUAAACCAUUUAUUUUUAUUCGUUAUAUUUGUUUCAUCUUUAAAUAAUGUUUUCGAUUGUAACAUUGUAUCAAGCUUUCAUUGUUUUUAUAAAGUACUCUAAAGAUAGGAAUUUAUGUAAGUUUAUCUUGUUUAUGGUGGUUAGUUCUUUAUCUUAUUGGUUUUAAUGAUACCAAGUUUUUUUUAAAUAAUGUACACCAAGUUUUUUUAAAUGAUGUACACCAAAUUUUCAAAACGAUGUACAUCAGUUUUAACCACGUUCUUUUUUUACUUCAAAACUUUUUUCAGUCUUUUUGAUAGACUUUAUAUGCAUAUUGACCUUUAUAUUUUGAAAAUGUUUUUUUUAUAGACAGCAAUGACAAAUGAAUGAAUAGUUCCUAUUGUUAACAGGCCAAUCCUAUGGCUGGAAUGAAAAUAAAUGCAUAAAUUUGUACUUACAAUCAUGUGAUGAAAGAGAAUGUAAUACCUGUCUGUGAUAUAGACAUGGUAAUACUUAUCAUGCUUAUCAUGGUUAUUCUCCAAAAUUAUGUUUUACUGUUAGUGAUUUUAUAUAAUAUGAAAUGAGAAAACCAAAAAUAUAUUUGUUUUACAAAAUAUUUGAAACCAUAAUAUUGUACCAUUUAAAAUUGACUUUACUGCCCCAUUCAUUUAAAAAUGCUGCACACAGACAGGAAAUAGUUCAGUAUUCCAGUACUUUAGGACCUAUAAUUAAAUAAUGUGGUGUAAGAAUUCUUCUCAUGCUUCUUGAAAUACAUCAUUCCACUGAAAAAUGGGUCACUUUAACCUACAUUUACAUUUUAAGCAACUCAAGAAAAGUUUUUAUCUUAUCUAGAUGGAGUCAAGUAUACAUUGAUAUCAAAGUUGUUAAAACAAUUGUUAAAUUAUUUGAUCAGGAGAACCACUUAUACAUGUUAAAUUGAGUAGAAAACAUGUAUUUGGUAGUCAGCUGUACUGGAUAUAUUCAUUUCCAGGGAGAUUAUUAAGCUGCCCCUUUCCAUCAAUCAUAUAAUUGACUUUGAUUUUUUUAUAGUUUAUAUACUUGGUGCACAGUCUAAUAAUAUUUCUGUGUAAACAGUGAUAUACAUGUACAGUCUAGCUUAAGGUAGAAUUAAGUUGUAUCUAAUGAAUAUUGAUAGAAAAGUUUCCCACCAAAUUGUACCUCCAUUUUGAAGAGGUGUUUUUAGUUUAAUACCGUUUUAUUUUUUUGUUUAUAGCCUUUUUAAAAAGAUCAAUUGUAACUGUACAAAAUUAAAUCAUUUGUUCAAAUUACAGUUAUUCAUUGGACAUGCACCAAAGUAAAAAUGCAGUGUUAUAUAUUAAUUAUAUUAUUUAUUUGUCAUGUUUGUGCCAGUUUUAAAAACAAUUUGUUGUGUAUAAAUGUAAAGUGUAGAUUAGGUGUUACAAUCAUGACAAUGCAGUUUUAUUGUUAACCAUGUUAAAUAUGUUCAACCAUUCAAAUAAAUGAAAAAUAGAUUGA